AUAAACGUCAAUAAAUAUUAGAUAGGCAUUCCCGAGGAACUGAUAUGAAUGUGGAAAGAAAAGUAUACGACAUGGAAGAAUUAUAUGAUGUGUAUAAAUACGAAAAAUCUCAGCUUUCUUGUAAAGAAAGGCUCCAAAUAUUGUUGCUCUUCCUCAAACCGAGUUGGUUGAGCAAACUACUCCCUAUUAUCCACUGGCUUCGCAAAUACGAGUGGAAAAAAUUGUUAGCAGGAGACAUUAUCGGCGGCAUGACUGUCGCAGUUCUACAACUCCCCCAAGCGAUGGCUUGCGCUAUCCUGGCCGAUAUUCCGGCCGUAAACGGCAUAUACACUUCGAUUUUCCCGGUGGUCGUUUACGUUGUAUUCGGCACUUCCAAGCACAAUUCCGUUGGAACAUUCGCCGCGGUUUCUCUAAUGACCGGAUCCAUCGUCAGCGAGCAUACGACUGUAUAUGCUGGUAACAGCUAUAAUCAGUCGCUUCCUGAGCAAUACACCAACGUAGAGGUGGCCCAAGCCAUUUCGUUCACCGUCGCUGUAAUCCAAUUGGGCAUGUUCGUUUUGAGACUAGGAGCGGCGUCGCAGUUGCUGUCCGAGACUUUUCUGGACGCUUUUACCAGCUCGGUGGCCUACCACAUAUUGAAUUCCCAAGUUAGAGACCUGCUGGGGUUGCCCACCGAGAAGCGCAGAGGGAGCUUCGCCAUACCUUUGGUUUGUUU